AGAGAGAGAGAGAGAGAGGGAGAGGGAGGGAGAAAACACAAGAUGUAGAAAGAUCAGUGAGCCACCCUCUUCCCUCCUUCAGGAGGGAAACCACUAGUAUUGUCUACACCGUGAGGCAGACAUUGUGUCUUGCUCACAACACGCACAUGGGCAUGUGUGAUCUGGAUGCCAGGGAGGCUGAGUUCCGGAGUAUUGGUGUUAUAUGCACACACAUGCGCACAUACACACACAGGUUUCAAGGUCAGAUAGGGUGGGACAUAGCAGUGGGGCCCGUCGGGGACUCGUGCACCCCACCCAACUCCAGCUAGCGCAACAUGGCUGGUCUCCUCCUAGAGACCUGAGGUGGUGGCAGUGGUGUUCUGUGCAGUGUAAGAAACAACUCUGCGCCUGGGCCGUCUCUCCGCGGCUCCGGUGACACCCUCCCUCCUGCGCCGUCCCUUUCGUAGCCUUCCUCUGACGCGGUGUUUCAACGUUGUGUGCUACUCUGACAAAUGUUUUUAAGGCGUGACGACACGUGAGGCGUGAGGUGGCCCGUGGGGACAAGGACCAGUGUGCAGAAGUUCCUCCAGGGAGAGGGGCAGGGCCACCAGGCUUCUGUGCGUGUGUAUCUGGGGGGUCACCCCUGAGAAGGGCCCACCGGGCGCCAGCCGAGGCCUUCGGCUACAGGCCUACACCGGCUUCCGUUGGCUUUUUGUCCUUGUCUGAUUGUACUGUGAUAAACAGGCCACCGCUGCCGCAGGCGCCCCCGGUCACCCACCCUGUGAUGUUCUGUUAGACAUGGCGAAAGCACAGAGCGCCAGGCCCGGGGAGUCUCUGGCUUGCCCGGCGCGGGUCCGGCCCUGUUUCCCUUCUCCCGCGUGGCCGUUUCUGCCUUUGGGGAGUCUUCCAUGCCUGUUGACUAAGAGAACUCCCUCUGUCUUCCACCACAACUGAGACGUGCUCAUAAUCUCUGAACCCGCUUUGGUCAGGACAGGAAGCACAGGCUCCCUUCCUGCCCGUGUUUUCCUGAGAAAAAACUAUCUUCCCUCCUUUUUUGCAUAUUUGGCUUAUGGUCCCACCUUUCUCUCCGCCCCAGUGGAGUGUGAAGGCGGUGGUGGAGGACAGGGCCCGCCACCCCCGGGGGACAGCAGGGUCCCUCCCAGGCGGCCCAGGGUCCUAGGACCCCAGUCAUCAGAAGGCAGCACCCCUAAGUCUCCGGGAGACCCAGGCUCACUGAUAACCUGAGGACAAUGGACGCAGAUGAGGGUCAAGACAUGUCCCGAGUCUCAGGGAAGGAAAGCCCCCCAGUGAGUGACACUCCGGAUGAUGGGGACGAACCCAUGCCCGUCCCCGAAGACCUUUCCACCACAUCUGGGGGACAGCAGAGCUCCAAGUCCGAGAGAGGAGUGGUUACAUAUGGGGCCGAUGGCUUUAGGGAUUUUCAUGCACUAAUUCCCAAAUCUUUCUCUCCCGGUAAUGUUAAAGUAGAGGCUCAGAGUGAUGAAGAGAAUGGGCGGGCCUGUGAAGUGAAUGGGGAAGAAUGUGCGGAGGAUUUACGAAUGCUUGAUGCCGCGGGAGAGAAAAUGAAUGGCUCCCACAGUGGCCAAGGCAGCAGAGCUCUGUCAGGAGCUGGAGGCAUUCGACUUCCUAACGGCAAACUAAAGUGUGAUGUCUGUGGGAUAAUUUGCAUCGGCCCCAAUGUGCUCAUGGUCCACAAAAGAAGCCACACUGGCGAGCGGCCUUUCCAGUGCAACCAGUGCGGGGCCUCGUUCACGCAAAAGGGCAACCUGCUCCGGCACAUCAAGCUGCACUCUGGGGAGAAGCCCUUCAAGUGUCACCUCUGCAACUACGCGUGCCGCCGCCGGGAUGCCCUCACCGGCCACCUGAGGACGCACUCUGUUGGUAAACCUCACAAAUGUGGAUAUUGUGGCCGAAGCUAUAAACAGCGAAGCUCUUUAGAGGAACAUAAAGAGCGUUGCCACAACUACUUGCAAAGCAUGGGCCUCCCAGGCACGCUGUACCCAGUCAUUAAAGAAGAAGCUAAUCACAGUGAGAUGGCAGAAGAUCUGUGCAAGAUAGGAUCAGAGAGAUCCCUCGUGCUGGACAGACUAGCAAGUAACGUCGCCAAACGUAAGAGCUCUAUGCCUCAGAAAUUUGUUGGGGACAAGUGUCUGUCAGACAUGCCCUACGACAGCAGCACCAGCUACGAGAAGGAAAACGAGAUGAUGCAGACCCACGUGAUGGACCAGGCCAUCAACAACGCCAUCAGCUACCUGGGGGCCGAGUCCCUGCGCCCGCUGGUGCAGACGCCCCCGGGCAGCUCGGAGGUGGUCCCGGUCAUCAGCCCCAUGUACCAGCUGCACAAGCCCCAUUCAGAGGGCCCCCCGCGGUCCAACCACUCGGCCCAGGACAGCGCCGUGGAGAAUCUGUUGCUGCUCUCCAAGGCCAAGUCCGUGUCCUCUGAGAGGGAGGCGUCCCCGAGCAACAGCUGCCAAGACUCGACGGACACCGAGAGCAACACGGAGGAGCAGCGAGGCGGCCUCAUCUACCUGACCAACCACAUCAACCCCCAUGCCCGCAACGGCCUGUCCAUCAAGGAGGAGCACGCAGCCUACGACGUGCUGCGGGCGGCCUCUGACGGCUCCCAGGACGCCUUCCGCGUGAUCGGCACGGGCGGGGAGCCCCUGAAGGUGUACAAGUGCGAACACUGCAGGGUGCUCUUCCUGGACCACGUCAUGUACACCAUCCACAUGGGCUGUCACGGCUUUCGUGAUCCUUUUGAGUGCAACAUGUGCGGCUACCACAGCCAGGACCGCUACGAGUUCUCCUCCCACAUCACCCGGGGCGAGCACCGUUUCCACAUGAGCUAAACUCUGCCUUCAGCCGACCUGAGAAAAGCACACUGUGGGGUGGGGUUGGGGGGGGUGUGCCCAGGCCCCCCCCUCCCACCCGCAGCACGGACUGAACGGGAACCUUGUGCUUUGGAUCUCUCAGUCAUUUUCUUGUUUUGUUUUGUUAUAUAUUUUUCAGUCAGUUGGGAUUGGUUUGAUUUGCUUUGGAACACGAGGGUGAUUUUUUUUUAUGGUUAGAUGCAGGGUUAUGUUUGGAGCCCCCUCCCCCCAAACAUCUUCCUAGAUGUUUGCCAUAGACUGCUAGCUGCCAUCCCCUCAACCUGUGGCUUCUUGGAAGUUCCCACCCGCCCCCAACUCCACAUGACUCCUCACUUUCAGAUAAAAUUUGAUAAAAACAGGUCAGAGCCUGGGAAGGAAUGAGUGGAGAAGUGGACCCCCAGGCGCCCCCAGUACAGCAGGGUCUAGAAAUGCAAGCCACAGCCUCUGGCCGCCAUGCAGCUUGGGCUGGGGAGGUGGGGGAGAGGGGGCUGCAGUUUCUAAAAGAAGAGGUUGUUAUAAGUCACAGUCUGCACAAAAGAUAAAUUGCUGAAGGAAAGUGAGACUCCUCAGACAAAGGGAGGGGCAGAGAGCCUGUUGGUUUCGUCCUUGAUUCCCAAAGAGCUGUAGUGCAGCUCAGCCUUCGAAGGCUUGGGGACGCGCGGAGAAGUCAGAACUCUGUAUUCCUGGAGGAGAUCCGGAGACAGAUCCAGAGACGGCAGCCCGCUGCCCUCUCCGGUCCAUGCCUCUCAUGGCCCAGAGUGUGUCACUACAUUUCUAACAUCCAUCCUGAAAUGUGGCCCUUAGUUCUUCUGAACCUCUCACGUGGUCAGAUUCCCAUGAAACCAAGGCUUUAUUCCAAAUUCGACAUUCAUUCCUUCCUUGGCUGGUUCCACUGACAGCCAGAAGCCUGGUUUUCCUUCAGAGGCCCAACCUAGACCCCGUUUCCACUAUGUCAUUGUUUUUGUUUGCGGGUAAAUUCCUUUCCCUGCCCUCCUCCUCCAUUAUUCACGUUUUGUUAAACCCAUAAAAGCAAGAUUCAGAGUGAUCAUUCAUUUUCAGAGCAAGGGAAUAUGGCAGGCGAGGGCCAGGAGACGUUCACACGCAGGACCUACGUGUUUGAAACUAAACUUUGAGACAGUCUGAGAUGCCCCCGUAAGGACAGAGCAGCCCCAGCGUGCCCGCACGUGGGCAGGAAGCGUGGCCCCCCACCCUUUCUCGCUGGGAACAUGGAAUGGUCAGGAGCAAUCGCAUAACCGGCCAGUGGGGUCUGACGGGAAAGAGGCAGAUGGUGCUGGAGUCACCUUCGCCAGCCGUGCUGUCAGGAGCCCUGCUGAGGUUUCUGGUGAUUCGAAUCCUAACCUAGAGGCGUAGUCCUCAAGGUUCAUCCUGUCCUUAAGGAUCAUAAUCCCAACCACCUAGGCAAGUAAGAGCGCACAGUUUCACGUCUGUACGUGUCUUCGCCAAAACUGAACCAAGGUGAACAUGGAAAGAAAAAAAAAUAGGAAAAAUUGUCCAUCAGACCGUCUGUAUUUAGUCUAAAUCGAGGUUUCUUAGUCACGGUGCUCUUGACAUUUGGGGCUGGGCAAUUCUUUGUGGCGCGGGAUUCUCCUGCGGGUUGUAGGAUUCCAAAAUACUUACAACGGUACUUCACAUACUUAGCAUCCUCCCUGGUCACUACCCAACAGAUACCAGUACCCCGUUCGACACCCAGAAGCUCUCCAGAUGUUGCCAGAUAUCCCUUAGAGAGCAAAUCACCCCUCGUCGAGAAUGACUCCUCUCGUUCUAAACCAGUCAAAGGUCUGGAGAACCCUUCCAAAGAGAAACGCUCCGGAAGCAUUUUCCGCCUCCACAGCAUAGCCCCCAACCCGUGUUCUUCUGUAUUCACUGAAAAUUCUAUAAACGAGUUUAUCCCUUCAGUCCUCAGAAACAAACCUUCCCAUGCACGUUUGGGUUCUGUUGAAAGAAUGGCAUCCACAUAUACCAUCCCUGAGUCACAGGUUACUUGGCUUACAGGUCAGGGACGGUGUUUUGAAACUGGAAAGAAACAUAAUCCAUUGGUUGAGUCAGGGGUGUGCAAAAGCCCUGGGUAACGUGCCAUAGAGACAGAUAGGGGGCGCUGGCAGUUCCAUACGCAGUCACAGAGAAAGUCCGUCUGAGCACACUCAAGGUGAGAGAGAUGUCACAAAUCUGCAGUUUGCUGGGGCCACUGUGACCUGCCCUGUUCCCUUCCAUGGUCCCACAGAGCCAGUUGGUGGAAAGGAGUUAACUCCUCUGCCCCUCACUGCCCCCCACCUCCCCCCCCCCCGCCGUGGCUUCAAACAAAGCUUAACCCCAGAACUGUAAAUAGCGCUACAAAAGUUCUUUGCUAAAAUGCUUCCGCUCUGCUCACUGCCUUUUCUAGCCAAUGUAACCAUCUAUUUACAUGCCUUUUCUUGUGGUGGUUUAUUAUAACAGCAUUUUUCUUUGAGGUUGUUGUGUUGCAGGUAAAGGUCCCUUAUAACGUCAACCCGUAAUUAAAUUAUGUUAGGAAGGUGUUCAUAUCCUGUACCAGAAGCCCUUUGUGUGUUUCUUGUAGCUGGCAAUGUAGGAUUUUGCAUGACCUCACGCCUUUUCUGUUCUGUGGUCUGUUCUGCUGCUGGAUGGUGUGAUUGUGUGUUGUGAGAACCGCCGUGUUCUGAAGCGUGUCUAGGCUUCCUGCCUCCGUAUUUUAAAACAAACAUCAGAGGCAGGAUGGUCGCUAUUGCAGGUGACGGGUGGAUUUUGAGAAGAAAUUGCUGCUUCUCUGUCUCUGAGCUCCUGUGGACCGAGAGCCUGGACACCUGCUCCUUAUCCAGCCCCUUCUGUGACAUGUACCUUAGAGCCUGCGCUGCCCCGUCCGGAGAGUCACUAAAAGAGAAUUGCGUCAUCUUCACUCCGUCACCAAGGGGCGUAUGCCUGCGCCCGUCACUUCAGAGACCAGCAUGGUUCCACUUUCAAUUUAGAAUCCACCAGAAUCUUAGAGUCUUCACUGAGAAAGAAAGCUACUAUUACAGUCAUCUGAGUUUGCUCUUUUGGGGAGGGAAUGGGGGGGUUCUUUCUGUUUUGGGGGGAUAUUUUUCUUGUUUGUUCUGAUUCCUGUGUAACUCUGAUAAGUGUCACGCUCUUGCCAAAACGAAAGCAAGAUCGAAUGGACUUACAUGGAUCAGAAGGCAAACCUAUCACUCUCUCCUGCACUUCCUACAUUUCAGCAAUAAUGAAGGGUCAGCUCUGCCUAGAAUCCACAUAGCUGUCAUAUUCAGUUCAGAGAGAGAGAGAAAGAGAGUGUGUGUGUGUGUGUGUGUGUGUGUGUGUGUGUGUGUGUGUUUCCCUAAAAAACGAACCAAAUUAGAUUUAUUUAAGAUGUUCAGUCUUGGGAAAACAAGCGCAUCCACAGUUGGUGUGCUCUUGGUGUGGUGGCGUUCACUGUGACAGAUGUAGCCAGGAAUUAAUAUGCAAUAUUGUUUCACAUACUUUCUAAUACACUUUUCUAUGAUGUGUGUGUGUAGCCAGUGCCUCUUGGGGUCUUCAUCUGCCAUUCUGGAACAUGUGUACAGGACUGUAAAUGGAAAAAAAAAAUGCAGUUGUAUUUCCCAUCCACCUCUCUGGUGAUGUUAAAUUAUUUCUGUUUAGCUGUGAAUAAGGGGCGUGCCCCCGGUGGGAUAGAGGGUCCUUUUGUAUACAUUUUGAAAUGCUUUUUUCUGUAGUGGUAGAACAAUAAAUGCAACAAACACUUU